UCCAUCCAUGAUUUCUGAACUAGAGCUCAAGUUGCGGUCACUGACUGCAACCAAAGAACAGUUCGUUAACCAUAGAAAACAUGUUUGUUGGAGAACCAAACAGAAAUGAAUUUAGCGUUGUAAAGGGGAAAUGUACAUCUAGUUCUAGAAAGAGGAGUUUCAAACUCCACACUAGCUUACAAGACACAGGGGAAACAUUUACAGUUACGAAAUGUUGCCGCAAUAUGAAGUUGAGUGAACUGAAGUGUUCGCUGGAAAUGGUGGCAGGAAUUCCGAUGGACCUUCAGCGACUCAGCUAUCUAGACCAAGGAGAUCUGGUAGACCAGACAACCAUCGACCAGAAUGACAUUAUUCCUGGCACCACUGUGACCAUGGCGAUUUGGCCUUACAAUGGCUGGCAAGAAGUUGUUCAAGCUGCUGCAACUGGGAAUGAAUACAAGUUGAAGAAUGUCUUGUCCAGGCGCUCAGCGGCCAAUGGGAGUGGAGAUGAGAAGAGCUACUGGCGCCGGCGCCACCUGGCCACUGCUCUCUACAUCUGCGCCCACAGAGGCCACUUGUCAGGUCUACGCUUCCUUCUGCAUAGCGGAGCUGACGUCAGCUUCCAGACUCCAGGGGGCCGCACUGCGCUGCACGUGGCCGCAGCAGAGGGCCGUGUGGCCUGCCUGACAGCACUGAUGCAGGCCGGUGCUCCCAAGGAGCUGAAGGAUGCGGACGGCGCCACGGCUCUGGAUGUGGCCCGUGCCAGGGGCCAAACGGACGCCAUGCACCAACUAAUGCUGUCCCAGUGGCACGACCGUAAAGAGGGCAUGGGGCUGUCGCCCUACCUGGACCCAGCCGAGCUGUUUGCCCACCAGCAAUUUGACUCAUGCCUACAAACCUGGUACAGCGGGAGCCACGCCCAGAGGUACAACGCCGAGCUGGGGGGCCGGGAGGCACGCGGCAGCAGCAACAGGCGCAAGGGUGCCGUCGGCAUGGCACGCAGUACGGCUCACCACCACACGGGGUCGCCAGCGGCUCACGGUACCAGUGCUACCACACUGCAAGCGGUAUCGGUGGUGGCUGGCACAGAGAGGAAGCCAAGAGCAAAGAAACAAGCUUGGUGAAUGGACAAAAUAAUCAAACCCAAAAAAGGCUACGCAGUGAUGGACACCAAUAUUCUGCUCGCAGUGCUGUCCCAGAAGUAGCCUACAGUGUUGAAGCUCUGCAGUUUUGUCAAUCGAGUGUCUUUUUUUUUCAUUUUUUAGUAGUCUAUUUUCAGACUUAUUGCUGCCCAUUCAGAAAUGACAUCUUUUUCUUGAAUAUAACACCUUCAAUUUCAGGGUAUUCAUUAUGAGCUUGUGUAUGUGUAAUCACCAGUCCUAGACAUAUUUGGCUGCAAAUCUUACUGUACUUUUGUCAGACCAGCAAACAUUAUUUUAUUACUAAGUAGUAAGUAUUCAUUAAAAAAAAUGACAUUUGACCAUGGUCAGCAUACAUUUUCAAAAUAAACAAUUUAAGUACAUACUAUCUUUAACGUAAAAAGCAUAAGGAUUAGCUAACACAAAAACGGUUCAUGCUAGCUUGUUCCUGUUACUGAAAACUGACAUUCUUGCUUGUGACAUCAUACUGUUGUUUAGUAGCUUAGUAAUAAUCAUUUAUUUAUUUAUCAUGUGUCUCAUUUAUAAGGUUAGAAAAGUUUGAGACUUGAAGAAUCACGACUAUGCGCUUGCAUAUUUUAGUAAUAUGUUUUUAUAUAGCACUGUUCUGUAUGCAUGUGAAUACUCUCUUGUAUCUUGUACUAGAGUGUUUUUAUUUAGGCUAGCACUGUAUGCAUCUGGAUGAAUUAAGAUGAUGUCACAUGUAGGCUUGACAUGUGAUAUGACAACUUCACAAAGACCUUUGUAUCAAUGAAUUAAAGAUUUACACGUUUUACACGUUGAA